AGUAACAGCGCGUCCCCGCGGCUGCACGGCGUUAAUUUGGAUAGUUUAGUAGUCUGAAAUCCUCCUGGGAAUAAAUCAAUAUUAUUACCUACGUAUGGAUGGCGGACAGUAAAGCAUUUGGGAAACGCGGAUACAACCUUUGCGAGCUGUUUUCAUGAGUUGUUUGAAGCAUAAAAGCUGGUUCCGGUGGCGAUAUUUUUUCUGUCAGGAAGUUUGACGUAUUCGGCUGAAGAUUAUUUCUAGCUUUGUUUUGGUUCGGAAAAGUUGUGGACGACCGAUGGCUCCAGACACCAAAAGAGAGCUUUUGUUACUGUCGCUGAAAACAGACUGAACUCUAAGAAUUUAUGUUUUUGUUUUUUUGUUUUUUACAUUUCAGUUUGGUUCGUACAUGAAUACUCCGAGAUCUGUAUUUUUAGAGUCUGCAGCCCUGCGAAGUCUAAACAUCGAUGGACUUUAUCCUACUUUGCUUUGCUUGAAAUAACGAAUCUGGUUAAAGUAUAUAUUAAACUGAAAAGGUAGUACUUUUUCUGCCAUUGUCCCUUCAGUCUGUGUUCUGUUUAAUCUGAACUCAGCACGGUGCUCUUUCAAUUAAAUUCAUCUGCACUUUUGUUAUAGGCCAGAUAGGCCUUCAUGUAAUCUUGCCUGGUUAUGUUUGUAUCCUUUUUCACGUUGCACUGCGAUGCAGUUACAGACCACGCAGCAGUAAGAAUAGAGACAUCUCCUGCCUAGAAUAUUUUGGAUUCAAACCUGGAACCACGGACGAGGAAAAUCUGCAAACUUAGCAGGAAGAGAGGCCAUCAGACUCACGGAAAUCGUAAGGUCUUUUCCUCCUGGCGAGCUGCUACACACAAAUGGAUUUCAUACAGGCCAUACGGUUAUUGUUACACUUUGGUUUGCCAGUUUUUGUGCGUAUUUAACAUAGUAAUGGAACACGGAUUUCUGUCCGGACGGUCUGAAAACUCUCAUUUCUCGUGUAACUUUUAAAGAUGUUUUGGAAAUUUAAGUUUUCCAAGGAUCCGAGGCUGCAGCGGCGCAGAAGUUUGCCUCUGGGACACAGCUGGAGCGGUUUGAUGUAGAUUUUCCCAUCGGAACAUUUUCUGUGUGAAGCUUACAGCUGCCUGAUGUGACUGUGCUUAUUUUUACAACCUGGAUAGAAUCGGUUUCUGUGUGUGCUCUAACUUUCCAUUAAAGAAGACAAGCCCCGGUACCUGGGGGGGUCAGCCCCGCCGAUGGCGCCUUUACACUCUCACACUCGCUCCGGUGUGUCGCUCUGACGCUGAUGGACGUUAACAGCUGGACCUACUGCGUCACUCCUGCCGCUAGACUACGGUGACCAGUCUGCUGCACGCGCGAGUUGCUCGGUCCUAUCCUGACCUCCUGAGACGACAGGCUCUGUGAGGUGGUUCGCACAGCAGAGACAAGUUGCAGGUUUCUGAAGACCGGUUUGUAGACUUCGUUUGCAAACAGCACCACAAUGAAUGAGAGGCAGGCUCUCCACUCUAUAAUGAAGGACCUCGUUGCCCUCCAGAUGACACGGCGCCAGCCUGUGUUGUCUUAUGACAGCGGUAAACCCAAGACACCAGCACAGGCCAACAGACAGGACGAUGUCAGGAUAAAGUUUGAGUUCUCAGGAGAGAGGAGGAUCCUGGUGUUUGGGCGACCUGUGCAGUUUGAGGAAAUUCAGCAGAAAGUCAAGACAGUCUUUGGCCAGCAACUAGACCUACAUUAUAUGAACAAUGAGUUGUCCAUUCCUCUGCGAGGACAGGACGACCUUGACAAGGCAAUCGACUUACUAGACCGAAGCUCCAACAUGAAGAGCAUCAGGAUACUGCUUCUCACUCAGGAGCACAGCAAUGCAUCCUCCCCCUCCCACCAUUUGCCAUGCAAGCAGGUGAGGAUCAAGUCAUCCCAGUCCACUGGAGAUGUAAGCACAGUGUUCCAAAGCUCUGAGCCCAGAGGGCGUCACCUAUCAACUGGUUCUCAGAACACAGGGCGUAGUUCACCACCUCCUGGCUAUGUCCCUGAACGCCAGCAGAGGAUUGCCCGCCAAGGUUCAUACACCAGCAUAAACAGUGAGGGGGAGUUCAUCCCUGAGACCAGCGAUCAAUGCGUGCUGGAUCCCUGGAGCAGUGCAGAGAACUCUGUUUCUGGAAGCUGCCAGUCUUUGGACAGCAACUCAGACAGCCCCUCACUGAGGAAGUCUCGCAUGCACAGAGCCAAGAGUUACCCCGAUAAUCGUCAAGAGUGCUCAGAUCGGGAGAAUCAUGUGUAUGACAGGGUGGCAGGGAAGGGGGGCACCUUUCCUCGUAGGUACCAUGUUUCCCUCCCUUAUAAGGACCACAGUGAAGGUCGCCGAACAUUUCCACGGAUUCGUCGCCCUCAGGGAAACCUUUUCACUCUAGUGCCCUCAAGGCGGUCACUUAACGGCAGUGAAGAGAGUCUGGGCAGCUGGCAGCAGGUCGACGCGCAAGGCAGGCUGCGUCCCCAGGAUCGUUCUGUUGCCCAUAAGUCACCAAGUGCUCCAGUGACGUGGCGCCGAGGAAAACUUCUGGGCCAGGGGGCAUUUGGUCAGGUGUACCUGUGUUAUGAUGUGGAUACUGGGAGAGAGCUGGCUGCCAAGCAAGUCCAGUUUGAUCCCGACAGUCCUGAGACCAGCAAGGAGGUCAGUGCUUUAGAGUGUGAAAUCCAGCUGCUGAAAAACCUACAUCAUGAGCGCAUUGUUCAGUACUACGGCUGUUUGAGGGACCACAAUGAGAAGACUCUCACCAUUUUCAUGGAGUACAUGCCGGGGGGUUCAGUCAAAGAUCAGCUGAAGGCCUACGGAGCCCUGACAGAAAAUGUCACCCGGAAAUACACAAGACAGAUCCUGGAAGGCAUGUCCUAUCUGCACAGCAACAUGAUUGUACACAGGGACAUCAAAGGUGCCAACAUCCUGCGGGAUUCAGCAGGCAACGUGAAGCUUGGUGAUUUUGGUGCCAGCAAGAGGCUCCAGACCAUCUGCAUGUCUGGCACCGGCAUGCGCUCUGUAACCGGCACCCCCUACUGGAUGAGUCCGGAAGUGAUCAGUGGAGAGGGCUAUGGACGGAAAGCUGAUGUCUGGAGCCUUGGUUGCACAGUGGUAGAAAUGCUGACAGAAAAGCCACCAUGGGCUGAAUAUGAGGCCAUGGCAGCCAUAUUUAAGAUCGCCACCCAGCCCACCAACCCACUGCUACCCUUGCACACUUCCGACCAGGCACGGGACUUCAUCCGCAGCAUAUUUGUGGAAGCCAAACACAGGCCAAGUGCUGAGGAGCUGCUCAGACACCCAUUCUCCCAGAUUCUGUGUUGAGAUCUGCCUGGUUUCCAAACUUAACCACAGAGUAGCCUCUGUAGUAGUCUCAGCAGCAUCUGCAGUUUCCAUAAGCUCCCAUCCAUGGCAAAAAUCUAGACAUGGAGGUGACUGAGAUGUUGAUACUUCAAAGAUUCCUGACAAGCAAAUUCAAAGAACACUGACCACGGCAGUAAACACAAAGCCUGGAAAAUGCCAGUAUGUGCUUGUGCAAGAGUCUCCACAAGGGGGAAACAAAACACAGAUUAAGUAUGUAGUGGGCCACUGGUCUUUGAUAGAUUCAAGCUCACACAGUCACACACACCAAAUGAUGCACUCCAAAGACAGAAUUAUAUAGUUAUAUAGUUGUGCAUCAGCUCCUGUGUUUACAUUCAUUUGUGCAGUUAUGAAAAAUACCAGUAUUUAAAUCUAAACAUGUGGCUGCAGCUCAUUUUAAAGCUACAAUAGGCUGAAAGUGUAUGCUGAAAGCUACUGAUCCACAAUAGCGUUAAAUGGACAGGCUUGUUCUCCUUUUUUUCUCCCCAUCUUGUCCAGCUCUGUCUUUCUGAGACAAAGAAAUUUCAACUCUUAAACUACAACUCCUGUUUUAAGCUAUUUGUGAUGCACUUUUUCAGGUUUUAGCCCAACAGAAUUUAUACAUUAUUUUGCACGGUUUAGUUAUCGUGGUAAGAGGGAAGGUAGGAAAUUUAGGUAUCUUCAUCGUAAGAGGCAAAUGCACAAAGUCUGGUAGGAGUAUCCUCAAUAGACAGUGAUCCACCACAGCCAUUUGUUUUUCUGUUUAUUGCAUUACAUUUGAACAGAUCUAAACAUCUGUUUCUCUGGAAAAUAAUCAUUAUGCAAUCUUUGAACCAAAUAUAUAGCUGGGCUGAAGACAUUUUCAUAGUCCUCAAAUAUUUAAAUAUGUGGACAAAAUUCCAUAUCCCUAUAUCCAGACAAAACAUGUCAUCGCCCUCCUAAAAUAAUGGCCUAAGUCAUUUUUUCACAAACGUCACAAAAAACUGAAGCAGAUAUUAAAAAUAUGAUGAUUUAGGCAAAAAAUAAACAUUUUCUUUUUUAAAAAAAUGCCUUAGGUCAUUAUUUUAGGAGGGUGACGAUUUGUUUUUGCUCUUUUUCUUUAGGACACAAGAAUAAUCUUAAUCCAGCAUUAUAUAUGAAACAAGUAGAAAUCAAGACUGCAAUAACCUUUGAAGCGUUUAUUGUGUCAAUUAACCAAAGAAGUGUCAUGUACAGAUACAACAAGAAACAUACAGUAGUCCCAACUUGACAAAUUAGUUUAAAAUGUUUGGUUUUUCAUCCACGUAGAGUAGUUACAUUUUCAGAAAUGGAUUUUUUUUUAAGCAGACUUGUCAAAGAUUGCAAAGUGUCUAUUUUUUCUGACAUGCUUCGCUCUGCGACUUGAAACAAAUAAUUAUGUGUGAGAAGCACAAACAGGAGCAACACAGGUGCAAUGCCUGAUUUAAGAUGGAAUUUCUUAAGCGCUGUCACUAUUACUGUUCUUCUGCCUGUAAAAGUAUCUACUUUGUCAUGCUGCCUUAAUACAUUCAGGUAAAUUCUGAAAAUCAGUAUAUUUCAGCAUAGUUUGAUGAUUUGAGCUUAAUAGUCUGAUUAGCAGUUUAAGGGAUGUGAAGGGUGGAAUUUCAUGUUGGAAUUUCUCGUUGUGACUUGUCUCUCUGUCAGACAUCCUGCUCUUGUAGCUUUUCAAUAUCAUAGGUGUCAAAUACAGAAGCAGAUAAAAUAUUAUGCUCCAGAUAUGGCAUUAUAUAUGUAUUAAAGUAAAGCAGAUGGGUUUUUUUUUAAUUGUUUGAUAACUCAAACUAAAGGCCAUAAUGUGAUGGGCCUUCUUCCCGUUCAUGUGUGUCUGGCGCAGACCUCUCUAGCUGAGAAGAUUUAGCCUAAAGAUCAAUUUUAAUCGGAUGCACUUUUAUGUAAAAUGAAUGUUUGUAGGGUUUUGUUUAAAAUUAGAUUUUUUUUUUUUUUUACUUCAAAUGUGAACAUUCUUUCAUUUGUAUUUAUAUCCCCAUGUCCACUCCAAUUAGAUUUUUAUAAGUAUAUAUGUUUAAAUAUAUUUUUUAUAUUCAGACUGUGUCAAAGCUAAUGAUACUUUGAGGACUCAGUUUUUAUUAAAAAAAAAUGUUGAAAGCAACUGGUUUUGCAGACAUUUCAGAAAUGGGGUUUAUAUGUGGAAAAUGGGUGGAAAACGAACUCAGGCUGCCUGGUUCUUGUUCCAGUGCAGAAAAAUGUUUCCACACAUCCUUAGCUAUACAUUUCAAAGGCAGUAUUACCUGACAGGUUAUGGAAACUUUGGCUAUACUGUUUUGAUCCAUCUAUGAGGCUCAUGAAUGAAGCCUUUAGGGGUUUAACUUACAAAAGAAAUUGCUGGGAAUAUUUGUGUGUGAUCUCAGUGUUAUUAAAGCAUAAUUAAGUGGUGUGUUUUCGCCAAAGACAAACAGGAUCAGAGCCAGCGCUGGAUGUCAGAGUUUGCUGUUCAACCCAGACGACGACUUUGUUUAUCCCGGGGUUCAGACAAGUCCAGUAUUAAAUGAUUUCCUGGGCAAUAGUCUUGCUACUGCCUUAACUCUAAUACAAAAAUAUUUCUGUGGAGCUGCUACAUGCUAAAGGCAGCUAAAAUGAGUUUUAAAUGAUGCAGUUUUAAAGAAAUAAAGGACCCUAAGAUAAUCAAAUGAAUACAGACUAGCUGGUAGAAAUCUAUAUAUAUGUAAAUGUAUUAUAUGUAUCAUGACAAGACUUGCAGUGCAAAGUCUAAUGUAUCAAAUUUAUUUUACAGCAAGAAAAGAAUAGUAUGUUAUGUAUAAAUAUAUACUGUAUAGAGUAUGUGACCUGCUCUCU